AUGCCGAGACAGCACUGGCUAGGGUCAUCUUAUCGGGCUCGAGGCCCACUAAAGGCCCGCGCAUCUCUUCAAACAGCUGCAGGGCCUCUUUGGGCCGGUUGUUCUGUGCGUAGCAAGCGAUCAUGGCAUUGUAUGAAAGCAGGUCCUUUACGGGAAGUUGCUCGUGGACUUUCUCUGCAGAUUCCACAUCUCCAAGCUUGGAGUAAGCUGAAAUCAAUGUUAUGCUGCAAACACUGUUCCUCUCUGGCAUGGCAUCGAAAAAGCUUCGGGCCAGCUCGAUGUUUCCACACUCGACAUAAGCCGAAAUUAUCGUGUUCCAAGAGGCUGGGCUCUUCUGUGGCAUUAUUCGGAAGAUUUCGUAAGCUUGGUCCAUUUUCUUUGCCCUGGCAGACUAUGGAGUUCCAGGAUAUCACGUCUUUGUCCGGAAUCUCGUCGAAAACGGCCCUGGCGGCUGAGAGGUCGCCGGAUCUGACGUGGCCUGCCAGCAACGAGUUCCAAGAGACGAUAUUUUUGGUUAAAUCGACAAGGGCCGUCUGGACGAAGAUUGCACUGCACAGCCCGAUCUUAAGCGCCUGCCCGUGGAUAGUCGGCCCGCCGAUUUUGGACGGAAUCCGGGCGCAGGCUUUUAGGGCGGAGGAGACGGCGAACGUGUCCCCAGCCGAGGGACUGUCUGUAGAGAGAGAGAGCGUCCGCGAAGUGGCCGCGCUGGGAGAGGUGGCGGAUCGCGUGGGACGUGGCGGAGGCGUCGGGGGUCGGCAUGCGGCGGAGGAUCGAGGCGGCGUAGCGGGUGGCUCUUGGGGAAUGUGUGGAGGCGGAUUUGAGGGUUUGGCGGACGAGCAGCGGCUCGAGGUUGCGGAGGCGGUUGAGUAUAAUCUGGCAGUGGAUUUGCUUGGCCUGGUCGACGGUGAGGGGAUUGUCCAGCAAGGUCUUCAGCUUCAAAACUUGCAUUUGGGGGAAAAAAAAUUGAAGCAAAGGGGAUUAUAA